AUGGCUUCCAAUCGCGCUCGAGUGCCCGACCAGGCCUCUCCAAUCCACCGUCUGGCGAUCAAGCCUCUCUUCGACAGCAUCCCAUCUCGCGACAAGCUCUACGCUCACUAUCUCUCGCAAGCAGCCUGGCAUGGAGCGCGCAUCAUUCUGCGCCAGACCUCUUUAGAAUCCGAAGCUAUCUUUGAUUUCAUCAUAAAGGCCUAUCGUGCGUGCGAGGGCGAGUGGAGCCAGUUCGAGGAAGUAUGCGCGGUGACCGAAGAUGAAGUCAAGGCUUUUUUGAGCUAUGCUGGGCUAUUUCUGUACAAUCUCGGGAACUUCCAUGGUGAGGGAGGCCAGAAGUUUGUGCCUGGUCUUAGCAAAGAGUCUCUGGAGAAGAUCGUUGGAUGCGUGGGUAUGACAGGAUCCGCCGCUCAAAACCUUGUCGACGGUAUGACUGCAGUACCUCCGCAGAGCACAGGAUAUCCACGCGAUACUGUUGUGUCAAGCUACUACCUGGACGACCGCAUUACGCGCACAGAUAUCAAAGAAGUUCAGCUAUUCAUGCAGGAAGAAGGCGUUGAGCCAGAGAAUACGAGACCUCCAGAGGGCCACUUCGAGACCGGAGAUCUCCGAGAAUAUCGACGAGGCCAAGAGAUCUGGGUCAAAGACAAAUCCCCAUCAAUCGAACACAUUCUCGGCUUCGUUGAAACCUAUCGCGAUCCUCAUGGCGUACGAGCGAAAUGGGAAGGCGUGGUAUGUAUUGCGGACCCGGAAGAAACGAAGAAGAUGGAAGUCUUUGUAGCUAGUGCAGCGAAAUUCUGUACCUUGCUACCUUGGGCGACGGCGGAGAACGAGGGCAAGGGUUUAUUCGAGAAGGACGUGGUUGUCAUACCCCAAUGUGCUAUCGUGCAUGCUCUGACAGUCUGCUGCCCUCACUCACCUCCAAUCGCUCAGUACAACGAUAUUCGCGAAAACCACGGCUCAAAGAACACCAUCAUCGCCAACCGAAUGAACGCGAAUCGAAACUCCCCUGGCGCAUCCAUCUACCUUCAGCCCCCAAACCGCGAACCCUACCGCGAAAACCUCCAUACCAUCCGCUUCGUCGCAACAGUCAUCCACGAACUCCUCGGCCACGGCACUGGACAGCUCCUCAGUGAAACAGCCCCCGGUAUCUUCAACUUCGAUGUCACAAACCCGCCAAUUAACCCUUUGACGGGCCAAACGGUGGCCUCCUGCUACCGCCCCAACGAAACAUACUGGAGCAUAUUCGAAGACAUUCUCGCCAUCUUCGGGUAUGACGAGAAGACUGAGUUGAUGGCUGAUCACUUGAUCUACCUUUCGUACCUGCACCUUGGUGUCGAAGGUCUUCGUUCGCUCGAACACUACAACCCCGAUGACAAGAAGUGGACCCAAGCCCACAGCCAAGGUUACUUCGCCAUCUUCAAACACCUCCUCAUGGAAGGAGACGGCGUCCUCACGGUCCAUCACAACCCUAACACAUCCGACCUACACGUUACUGUCGACAGUACCAAAAUCCUUUCCCACGGCAAACCUGCACUGGGUCGCUUGAUGUGCAAGCUGCACAUCUGGCGGUGUACAGCGAACGUUGGGGCGUGUCGACGGUUUUAUGAGAGCUUGACCAGUGUAGAGGAUGUAUAUGAGGAGUGGAGGCAGGUUGUGGCGACGAGGCCGGAGCGGAGGGCGAAGUUCGUGCAGGGAAAUACGUUCCUGAAAAAGAAUGGGGAGAUGGAAUAUAGGGAGUACGAGGAGAGUGACGAGGGGAUCAUAAGGUCUUGGGCUGAGAGGGGGGUUCAUUGA